AUGGACCUCGAGAACAAGAGGUUGUCGCUCGAUGUGGCGGCGCAAGAAGUACCACUGACGGCGAAAGCUGAGGAAGCUGCCAAGAAGUUGCACAAGCACGAAGCUGAAGUCACACAGUAUGUCAGGCACAGCGUCGUGAUGCCAAAGUCGUACAAGGUAUUCGGUCUUUCGAUCUACCCGUACAGCCAUCCGCGAGUUCAAGCCUGCAUGUUGGGCUUUGUGCUGUUCAUGACCGUGGGCAUGUACAAUGUGAUUAUAUUCUUGGGUGGUGCGGGACAGCAGACAGCUUACCUGGCCGAUAUCUCCAAUAUCGCUUUGUACACCGUCUUCACUGUGUUCUGCAUGAUCGCGCCGGCCUGUCUCAAUUACUUCGGACUCCGCCCGACUCUAUUUUUUGGAGGCCUCGGUUAUGCCGCGUAUGCCGCGAGUUUGUGGUGCUACAACUACACCGGCAAUGUGCCUUUCGUUGUCUUCGGUGGAUGCUGGUGUGGCUUGUCCGCAGCAUUCCUCUGGACUGCCGAGGGCGCGGGCAUCACUUCGUUUGCAUCUGAGGAGAAGAAAGGCCUCUACGUUUCCAUCUUUUGGUCCAUCUACCAGGUCGGCGUCGUGAUAGGAGCCGCUAUCCCCGUCGGUCAAAACUGGAACACUGGUGUCGACAAUGGCAGCCGAGUCAAUAGUGGGACUUAUAUUGGUUUGAUGAUUCUGAUGCUUUGCGGUGCAUGCUUAGGCCUGGCGCUGUAUCCAUGGCACAAGCUUGUACGAGAGGACGGCAGUCGCGUGACCCUCGAGCGCCAGAAAACAUUUAUCGAGGAGCUGCAAGCCUCUGCCCAGGUCAUUCGUCGAAAUUGGUGGAUCGUCUUUUUCGCCCCAAUGUGCUGGGCUGUCAACUUCUUUGUGGUGUAUCAGAACAACCAAUUCAACGGCGUGGUGUUUACUGUUCGAGGUCGAGCUCUUAACACAUUCCUCUCCGGCAUUGUUCAGGUCAUGGCACCCUGGAUACUCCAUCUGUUCACAGACAGAUUGCCCAUGACACGCCGGAAACGCGCGUUCUGGGCUCUCGUAUUUGUCUUUUUGUUCAUCAAUGCAAACUGGAUCGGCGGUUACUUCGCCAUGGUCAAGACGAGAUCAGGCUUGGACGAGGCGCAACGGAUGGAUGUCUACGACUCUGGGUAUGGAUGGUGGUGUUUUUUGUUUGUCAUGUACGGCUUUACAGACACAAUAUACAAUUGUUACGCCUACUGGUUCAUUGGAGCGCUGAGUAACGAUCCCGCUGAGCUCUCCGUGUACGCUGCACUGUAUCGUCUCCUCAAUGCGUUAUGUAUGGUCCUCGCAUACACCUUGGACUACCGUGGGUAUUCCAAAGAAUUCAUGUUCGGAUCUUCGUGGGCGUUCCUCACCUUCGGCUGUGUUGCCGUCAUUCCUAUUCUGAAGUAUUGGUUGAAAGACACGAACAUGAUUGAGACGAUUGAGACGAUUGAGAAUGUCACCAGCAUCGAAUCAAAAGAGGAAUCUACACCAGCCAAAUCCCCUGAGGUCUUGGAAACAAAGGACAAGGAGUGA